AAAACGUUUCUUCUAACCCUGCUAUGAUUGAUAAUCGAUAAACCGCUACAGUGUGUAAGAAGUAGGUCAUCUACAAACAAAAACACAACAGCUCGAAAUAGCUGCGUAUAUAAGACUGCUCUUAUAUAUAUAUAUAUCAGACGAGCGGCUGCCUGCUGACUUGAACAUUGCGAAAAAGUGAAAAGGUUUUUAUAGGAUAAAGUUAGAGCGUAGUGAUAUUUUCCAUUUAGACAAGAACGAUGUGGUUACAACCAUCCGCCAUUGUGCUGAUGAUGGUGCUGCAGACCUGCGUGGCGGGAAGAUUUGAAAGAUUGGAGCGUCGAUUGGAACUGAAACUGAAAUCCUUUCAGGCCUCCGUCGAGGUGAGAUUGGACGCAACUGAAGGAUAUUUUGAUACACUAGCUGAUAGAGUUUCAAAGCUAGAAUCAAUUGUUGAUAAGUCAGAUACCGAUAUCGUUUUGACUAGAAGUAACGGUUCAAGGAACGAGCCUUCUAUAGAAUAUACUAAACCUGAAUUAAACAAGAUCCAAAACACGCUCGCUAUGUACAAAACAUCAUUUAUAAAACAAAAAAAAGAAAUGAACGAUGUGAAGUUUGAUAUUUUCACGUAUUUGGGCAAUCUCAGCUCUGAUUUUAAAACUAAGUUGGCCCUGCACGUUGUAGGGCAAAUAGAAGACAACAAUAAAACAUUGAUUGCUCUAAAUUCUCAAGUCCGAGAUCAUAUCGCCAACGAAACAGAAAGUCUAGAAGUUUUUAAAACUAGUAUACUUCAAGACGUGAAUGAGACACGGGCACGUGUCCAAAACGAAACAACUGAACUUGAAAAGAAGGUUGAAAAGCUAAUAGGCAAAGCAAAUGAAGUUGUUGGGAUCAUUGAUGAGCAGAGAUCUACAAUAGAAGACGGUAUUAUGGUCACCAUCAGGGCGCUUCACAGUUCCUGGAGUGGUUGGUCUGCAUGGUCCGACUGUCCUCAGUCAUGUCAAAGCGGAAGCAGAAGUAGACACAGGUCUUGUGAUGUACACCCGCCUGUUACUGAUGGAAUUUGCAUUGGAAAUGAUACAGAUACAGAGGAAUGCAUCAUUCACGAGUUUUGUACACUAAAAUCCUGUCCGGCAUUGAAUACGCCAGACAACGGACAACGGAUGGACUUUAACUAUGAGGUGGGAACGUUUGCGAAAUUCGCGUGCAACACCGGAUACGAGAUGGUUGGUGUCGCGCAGCUGUUAUGCAGAACGGAUAUGGAAUGGAGCCCCAAAGAUCCUCCCACAUGCGAACCUGUGCGGUGUCCAGAUGAAUCGUACCUGGCCAACGGCCGGGUUGUUCAAGAGACCUACCGACAGGAGAAAAACACAUUUGGAAUUACCAAUCGCUAUUACUGUAACAGUGGGUACGUUCUCAAAGGAUCAUCCGCUAGAACGUGUCAGGCAAACAAGUCAUGGAGUGGCACAGGGCCAAUUUGUGAUUUGCCGAGAUGCCCCGAUAUGAGGGUAGAAAACGGAAGGGUAGAAAACGGAGAGAUUAAAUACAUAGGCGACAGGGCGAGAUACACGUAUGCACAUGUAAAUUGCAAUGACGGCUACACCGUUGGAAAAGGUGGAGUGGAAACAGUCGAAUGUCUUGGUAGUCUUCAAUGGACGAGCAAUUUAGAUUGUUACAAGACAUUGAAACCAUGGAAACCUGACAACAGUGAAUAUAAAGAUUUGGGAAACGAAGAGGAAGAUCUUGAUCAUCAUGAAACUUACAAAAUUCGCUGUUUCCCGAACUAUGAACUGAAGCAAAGUAAUGGCCGUUACCUUGGUGGAGACAAUUACUACACGCGUAAAGUUGAGGUGGAGAACUUGAACGGAGCUUUGAAAUACGACGGUGAAAAAGAUGCAAACACGCUGUCGUGUGUUGAAAAAAGGUGUUUUCAAUUGGAUCAAUCGAACUAUCCCAAUGUGGUCAUUCAACCAAAAACGAAAUAUGUAGAGCAUGGAGAGUCUUACCAUUUAUCGUGCGAGAACGGCUUUGAACACAGUCUGAAAAGCGACCCAGAUUUCAUGUGCAGCUCUGGUAGACUUGGUGGGACAACUCCCCACUGCAAAGAAAAGCCUUGUGAUACUCCCACCAUAGAAAAUGGUGUUCUGCGAAAUUGGAUAAGAUGGGUUUAUCCCAAAUCAACCAUUGCGAGCGGCGACAGUGUGUCACUAGAAUGCAGUGAAGGAUUCUUUCUGUAUGAAAACAGAAGAAACGAGUUCAUGGAGGAACAUGUAUUUCGCAUCAAAUGUUACCGCGGGAACAUAACAUCCAUACCAUCGUGUAAAAAAGCAAAGUGUGAGUGUCGGUAUGGAGGAACAUGUAUUCGAGAUAAGCAUUGUGAAUGUCCACCAAACUCUACUGGAGAGCAGUGUGAAACACCUCUUUGUCCUGGUGGAUGUCAAAACGGUGGGACAUGUACCUCCCCAAGUAGGUGUAGCUGUCCAGAAGGAUUCUCUGGCUAUAUGUGCCAAACGGAGGAGGGAUGUCAGGCUCCGAUUGAUAAAGGAAAUAAUGCAAUUUACCGAAAUGGAGCCACAUUCAAUGUUACUCAUGACAGCUGCUCCGAUGGCAAUGUACCCAGUUUUAAGGGACAGAUAACUUGUGAAAAUGGCCGCUGGUCAGAGCAAAUCAGGUGUUUGAGAGGAGCAAGGUACCGUAUAACUGUAAAAACUGCUGACUUCAAAUGGUAUACGGGUGAGGGCACAGAUGGAGAGGUAUACUUGUAUAUGUACGGUUCAAAAGGGAGCAGCGGCAAAAUCAUCUUAGAUGGAAAGUUUGAGGCUGGUUAUAAGGAUAUUAUAGUUGGCGAUUUUGUUGAUGUCGGAGAGAUCAACAAAAUUCAAAUCGGUGUGAAGGCCCUUCACAGCAGGUUUGAUGGUUGGAAACUGGAAUCCGUACUUAUUGAAGAUGUUUCCAGAAGUGCAUAUUACAAUUUUAUACACAAUUUGAGUGAAAUUGACAAUACCAGCAUCCUUCUUCAUCGAGUCGCUUCCUGUAGUCCGCCUGCUGGCUUAAGAAAUGUAAACCCUUUUUACAUAGUCGACGACACACUCUACCUGGAUUCAUCGAACUGUGCCAAAGGUUACAUUCCAAACUUUUCAUCUACGAAGUGCACUGCGACGGGGUGGACGAUUAAUGUCGCAUGCAAUCAAAGUAAUAUGCUUUGAGUACAAUUAGAAUUACAUAUAAUGGCGCUUGUGAUACAAUGAACAAUGUAUAUACGUACAAAUUGGUGUAUUUUAAUCAUUACAGAUGCAAUAGUAAUAGUUAUUGCAACAUUGAACUUUACAUGUAGAGAUGGUACUGAAAAUUGUCCAGCCCAUAGUGGUGUCAUCUCUGAACUAAACAAAUGAACGUCGCGUCAAUCUUCUAGGUUUAUAUCCUUUUACAAUGUUUAAUUUCAUAGUUUCAAGCAUAUGCUUUUGCGACUAAAAUAUACUUCUAGAAAUUCGUUGAUACAUAUGUCACUGCCUUUAACUAUUACGAGUAAAAGUUAUUGAUGUA